AUGGCUAGCUCUAGAUUAGGCCUUCUGCUGCUGCUCCUACUGCUGCUGACUGCCCACCCUGGACCCUCGAGGGCUCAGCACUGGUCCUAUGGCUGGUACCCCGGAGGAAAGCGAGCCUCCAGCUCACUCCAGGACCUCCCAAGUGCUCUUAGGUCCUCAGGAAGGGUCUUGUGCUCUGCAGCUGGCAACCCAACUCAGGCUGCCGAUAGCCUACCAAAUGAUGCACUGGCUCCCCCUGAGGAUCCAAUGUCUUGGAAGGGCAGGACCAUGGCCGGCUUGUCCCUCCACAGGAACCAGCACCUGGUGUAG